AUGUUGCAAAGAGCUGCUAGCAAUGCAUAUUCAUGGUGGUGGGCUAGCCAUGUCCGAACUAAACAAUCCAAAUGGCUAGAACAAUCCCUAAUAGAUAUGGAAGAGAAGGUUCAGCAUGUGCUCAAACUAAUCGAAGAGGACGGCGAUUCAUUCGCCAAAAGAGCCGAAAUGUACUACAAGAAGAGGCCCGAGCUACUCUUCUUCGUCGAAGACUCUUACCGGGCUUAUCGAGCCUUAGCCGAGAGAUACGACCACAUCUCAACCGAGCUCCAAAACGCAAACAACACCAUUGCUUCCGUCUUCCCCGAACGAGUUCAAUUCGAAAUGGACGAAGAAGAUGACCUCGCCUUCCCCAAAGGCGCCAAAAACUUCCAACGCUCGCCCCUCCGUAACGCCAGCCCUAAGAUUCCCGAAGCCCCUCCGCCUACUCGACCCAUUAAGGGAGUAUUGGCAUCGGCCUCCGAGAAUCUCAAACCAAACAAGGCGGAAGGGAGAAACAACGGAAGAAAGGGGGCGACAGUUAAUUCGGUUGAGAAAUCUGGUUUGGUUAAGGAACAGGCGUUGGAAGAGAUUGACGGGCUUCAGAAAGAGGUCUUGGCUUUGCAGACGGUUAAGGAGUUCGUCAAGAGAUCGUACGAGAACGGGCUCGCUAAGUUUUGGGAGAUUGAGAAACAAAUCGAGACGAAACAAGACCGGGUUUUCACCUUACAAGAGGAGUUUUCGAUCGGGAAGGUCAUCGAAGACGAGGACGCUCGAACCCUAAUGGCGGAGGCGGCGCUCACGUCGUGCAAAGAAACGUUGACUCAUUUGGAGAAGGAACAAGAGAAAUCCGCUCAAGAAGCGAUCAAUGAGAAUAAACGGGUUGAAGACGCUAGCAAGAAAAUUGAAUCCCUUAAAGAAGAACUCCUCCCAAAAGAAGAAGAAGAGAUAAACGUAGAAGAAAAACACAACAACGAAAAGAUUAACCUGCCAGAGCCGUUAAAGGAACACUUAGAGGCCCCGGCCGCCUCAUCGGGCAACAACAUACCUUUCACUAUAUCGUAUUUAGCCGAAAGGAUCGACGAGCUAGUGACGAAAGUGAUCAGCCUCGAGACCGCUGUUUCUUCACAAACGGGUCUUAUAGACAGAUUCAAGACCGAAACAGAGGAACUCCACGCACAAAUCCGUAGCCUUGAAAACGACAAGGCGAAUCUAACUAAUGACGUGAACACCUUAAAAGAAAUGCUAAGGGAGAUGGAGGAGAAACUGAGAAAUCUUCAAGAUAUGAACAAAGAUUUCGAAAGCCAAAACAACAACCUGAAAACCCAUUUCACCCAAGCUCGUCACAGCCUCGACAAUCUAUCAGAUAAGUUGCAAACAAUGAAGCCAGAUGAAGACCCAGAGGAGGUUGAGUCCAGUCACAGCGACUCCCCUUUUUCAGUCAACUUCGUCACAAUACCAGAGGACAAACAAGUAGUUCUCGGUCAGGAGGAAGUCAAACAAGAAGAAGAGGACAUGGCUAAGACGAUCCAGAACGAACCAAACGAUCCUCUGGUCAAAGGAAAUCCAAAAACAGAAAACAUUAAAGAAGACGACGAACCCAACUGGCACGAAAUGCUCUUGAGCGGAGUCGAGGACAGAGAGAAAAUUAUUCUAAAGGAGUACACACUCGUCCUUAGGAACUACAAGGAUGUCAAAAGACAACUCGGAAAUGUCGAGGACAGAAGCGUAAUUCACAUAAAGGAACUUCGAGGAGUCGUAGCAGACAGAGAUGAAGAAAUCAGGAAUCUAAACCAGAAGAUGAAUCAUAUGCGAGAAAACGGGAUUGAAGAUAAUAACGACAAUCAAACUGAUAAACCGCAGAUAAGGCCUGCAAAUCCAUUCCUAAUGAAAGAGGAAGAUUUAAUCAAAUGGGUGUUAACCGAUCGAUGCCCAUCGGUUUCAAUAUUGGAAAAGAAGCUCCGGUUGAAGAUUGAUAGACUUUUAGACGAAAACCUAGAUUUCUGGUUGAGAUUCAGCUCCCAAUACCAGCAAAUAGAGAAAUUCAGAACCGGUUUCCACGAUUUACAAGCCGAAGUAUCAAAGCUGAAGGAAAAACAAACCCAAAACCAAGAAAAGGGUUGGGAAAUAAAAUCGGAUAUUCGACCGAUAUACAAGCACAUGAGAGAGAUACAGAGCGAGCUAAUCGUCUGGCUAGAACAGAGCACAUUGCUAAAAGACGAAUUGAGAAGGAGAUUCUCAUCACUAUGCGAUAUUGAAGAAGAAAUAAGCACUACGUUUAAAGUAGAUGUUCAGGAAGGAAUGAGACUUACCAGUCACCAAGCUGUGAAAUUGCAAGGAGAAGUGUUGACGAUGAAACAAGAGAAUCAUAAGAUCAAAGACGAAUUGAUAUCUGGUCUAGAUCACAUAACCGAACUCCAGAUUGAGAUCGAGAAAACCCUGGCUGAAUUGGACGAUGAUUACGAGCUUUCAGGGACCAAGAAAGACGUUGAAUCAGCUCUGAAGAGCCUGCCUUCACGAACUCGAAUACCUCUCAGGGCAUUCAUCUUUGGAAGUAAACCAAAGAAGAAGAAUUCAUUAUUUUCCUUUGUUAGCCAUAAGCAGUUUAACGAACUCAAAAAAGCUGGGAAAUUGUAA